GGCAUUUAUUUGGUUCUUUAAAAUUCUCUCUGCUCUGGAGUCUGGCCUAGCAUCAGAAGCCCUUUCUUUUCUCAGCCUCACAAUCCAACGCCAGAGAGGAGAGAGAGCGAUGACAUGCAGUAGCGGCAGCUGCUGUAGUACCCUUCUCUCCUCACUUCCGCCUGCCGCCCACCAGUCUCCCUCCUUCCACGGCCGCCGCCUCUUCUGCGCCGGCACCAAAUUGGCACAAGGCCCAGCACCACCACCCGCCCCCACACUGACUGUAAAAUACCCAUUGCUGUCUGACCUUCUCCCUCUCUGUUCUCCUUCCCCUCUCCCUGCUCUCGAAGAAGACAAAGAAGUAGAAGAUCUUUCCUCUCCUUCAACUUCUGCUACAGAAGAUGCCGUUGCCGUCGUCCGUCCCUCCGAACCAUCCGCCGUUGACAACGUCAGCGUUCCUCCGAGGGGCUGUAAGGCUUGUGGGAGUGAGGAAAUAGAGAAGGGCUGUAAUGGUGAGGGAAGGAUUCAAGGUGGGAUUGCAACAGUUCCAGGCUUUGGUUGGUGGCCAAUAAAGGCUUACAGGCCAUGUCCUGGAUUUAUGGCCUCAGGUGGUCGGUACAGACGCCGUGGGCAAAGCAUGGAUGAGGUUGCCUUCGGAAGGGGGGAGAGUGAACCUUCUGCCCUGAGUAAUGAUGAGGCUCAGUCACGCAAGAAACAGAAAGGGCCAAGGGGAUUCAAGAGGUAACGAAGUUUUGGAAGUUGUCUGCCAGGCUAUAACUCAACCUUACCAUUCAAGGCUGAUAGCCCCUGUUGAAGGGCGAUGAUUAGCAGCUGGAGGCAAUGGGUUUGAUAUGGUAUGCAUCAUCAAAAGAAGUUGCGGUUAAAAAAGUUGAGUCUUCUGUUGUACUCUUAAUAUAUCAAGAAAAUCCAAAUGUUUUCUGGCGGGUAUGUGCCAUUACAAGUAACCGGCUGAAAUGCUUGGUGCCAAUGUAUUAAGUAAAAUAUGAAAGGUUUAUGUAGAUUAUUUUGGGUGAGAAA